AUGGACACUCAAAAAUCAUUUGCAUGGUGAAAUGGUUCUUCAGAUUGAUGGAGAACAUGUUGUAUAGGGUUCUAUGUAUAUUCUUAGAAAAGGUGGUUGUUUAAGGGGGAUUGGGUGAAGAUGCUGGUUCUGUAAAGAACCAUGGACACUCAAAAAUCAUUUGCAUGGUGAAAUGGUUCUUCAGAUUGAUGGAGAACAUGUUGUAUAGGGUUCUGUAUACGUUCUUAAAAAAGGUGGUUGUUUAAGGGGGAUUGGGUAAAGAUACUGGUUCUAUAAAGAACCAUGGGCACUCAAAUCAUUUGCAUGGUGAAAUCAUUCUUCAGAUUGAUGGAGAAUGUGUUGUGUUGUAUAUGGUUCCACGUAGAACCACGCUUACACUUUACAAGUCUGACAUCGUAACAGAACCCCCCUUGUUUAUCCUAUUUAGUAUAACUAUGUACAGCAUGAUCUCCAUCAGUCUGAAGAACAGUCUUACCAUGCAAAGGACCAUAUAAGCAUGCAAAUGGUUCUAAACAGAACUGUUCUUUUUGCUGAAUAACCCUUGAAGAACCAUCUUUAUUAAGCGUGAGGCUCAGCUGCUGAACAGGCUUUGCAUUACAAGGCGCUGUGAAAACCUGCAAAUUAGGUUAAAAUUGAAAAUGUGGGACUUAAAGAGUGACGUGGUGUAGAUCUACAGGACGGUGUUAUUGAUCAUGAUUUACAGUGAAGUCUGUGUUUUACAGCGUGUGAAAGGCUGACAGGCUGAGAUCUGGUUGAUGAGUCAGAACCUGAAUCUUUAUUAGCCGUACGUGGAGUUUCUCUGGGUCUCUGCGUCAACAGGGUUUUAAAUAAAACAGAGAAAACAUACAGAUAUAAAAUAACACAUGAAAUGAUCUGCAUCAGAACAUCCGAGCCAGAACCACCUGGUUCAAGAACAGGUUCUACCCUCGAGCUGUUCAACUGUCACGCUGACGGCACCACAAACACAGGUGUCUGUUUCCAUGUUUAUCUGAGUGAGUGUUCUGAGCUCAGCUCCACUCACUGAAGGCCGGUCAGGAUGCCCAACGCUCCCCCACCCCCUCCACCACCAGGGGGACCCCCUCCACCCCCCACCUUCAGCCAGGCGAACACUACCCCACCCAAGCUGUCUCGAGACGAAGCGAAGGGCCGAGGAGCCUUACUGUCUGAUAUCUGUAAUGGGACCAGGUUGAAGAAGGUGCCCGUGGUGAAUGACCGGAGCGCCCCCCUCAUCGAGAAGCCCAAAGGAGUCGGUGGGGGUGGAGCCAGCAGUGGGGGCGGAGCUAGCAGUGGAGGUGGAGCCAGCAGUGGAGGCGUGACGUCAGGAGCUCAGCCAAUGGGUGGCUUGUUUCAAGGCGGUGUGCCUAAACUGCGGCCUGUAGGAGACGGUUCCGUAGGCCGGUCUGCCAUGCAGCCCCCCUCCUCCCGCCCUGCGGCCCCCCGCCCGCCCUGCCGUGCUGAUGAGACUGAAGUCCAGCAGCAGGCGUCUCCGCCGGAGUCGGGUCGUUCUCAGCGCCCGUCUCUGCCGGACCUGUCUCGCCCCCCCAGUGCCACCAGCAGCCCCUCCCCCGGCAUGAAGCACAGCACCUCAGCCCCGCCCCCACCCCCGCCCAUGUCUCGCCGGGGCAACGCCCCACCAGCCCCUCCCCAGAAAGCCACCGGGGCGCCGUACAACCGCGAGAAGCCCCUCCCCCCGACCCCUGGUCAGAGGGGUCCGUCACCUGCCCCAGGGCCGCCCCCUCCUCCCCCCGUCAAACCGCCCCCCUCACCCGUCAGCAACCGCUCCUCUUCCUCCUCCUCCUCCUCUUCAUCCCUGGCCCCGCCCCCUCCACCCCCCUACCGCCAGCAGAUCUCCGUCACCAACGGCCCCUCCAGCCCAGUUAACGAGGCGGCCCCCGAACUCCCCCAGCGACACAACUCCCUCAGCAAGAAGCCCGCCCCAGGGAGCCACACCCCUACCAGAGCCCAUGCCCCACCCCCUCCACCCUCCCCCACACCGCAGGCUGGGAGACCCCCGCCCCCAGCACGGGACCCUCCGGGACGGGCCGCAGCUCCUCCGGUACCCGGGCAGACGUCUCGGAACGGUCGGGAUGCCCCUCCACCGCCACCCCCCUAUCGGACUCACGGUAGCUCUUCAGAUCCGCCCAGCCGAGGCAAGCCCCCCCCACCCCCAUCCCGCACCCCCGCCGGACCCCCCCCCCCACCCCCGCCCAUCCGCAACGGACACACCUCCAACCCCCGCUCCUUCGUAGAUGACUUUGAAUCCAAGUAUUCUUUCCAUCCGCUGGAUGACUUCCCCCCUCCAGAGGAGUACAGACACUUCACUAAAAUCUAUCCCAGCAAAGCCAACAGAGUGGUGAGGGGGGCGCCUCCUCUCCCCCCGGUGGGCAGGUGAACACUGUGACCGGUCACAUGGUGCCGUGUGGGAGGCAAGAGUUACACAUUCAUACACAGACAAUCUCACACUAAACUACACACAGCCUGCACCUUAUUAACACCCUCUCUCUCCUCGCUGGACUACAUUCCAUUUCACUCAAACUCCAUCACAGCUUCAGGACUUCACUCCACUGGAGACUGAGAGGGGCAGUAGCAGGAAACCACCUUCAGUGUUGCAUUCCACACCCGGAAUGGCCAGUUCUUUCUUUUCCUGAAGAUGUUGAAGCCCAUAAUAUGUACAUUUUAACUCUACGGUCUGCACAACACAGUACCGUUACUGAGAAAACACAAGUAAAUAAGGUUUGGAUUAACACUUACGGCUCUAUGUGAAUUGAUAAUUAUUGCUGUUACCGUUAUUAUGAAUAUUAACACUAUUUCUUCAAAAAUCCAUUUAAGAUUGAUGCACUGUGAACAUGCCAAUGACUCUGAACGCGGAGGAACUUGCGAACCUGUCCUUGAGUGCAAACUGUAAGAACUGACACUGCUUUAACUUUGACACUCCCCACUUUCUUUAAGUUCUCUCAGGGGGCGUUUGGGACUUGAAUACUUUCCCCUCGCUAAGAAAAACUGCUCUUAGUUCUCUCCAGAAGUGCCAAGAGAAACAGGUCGUAAAUGGCAUGGUUUUGUCUCUAAGUCAUCUCAGGCCUUUCCUUGUCUAUGGUAGGCUCAUUUGCAAGGUGUUGAUGUAAUGACUAUUGAUUUCUUGCUUUUUUUAUUUGGUUGUUGUAAAGUUGCUCUUGCUUUGUUCCACGAGAACUGCCACAACUGUUCCUGUGAAAUAAUUUUUGCUGUAUGUCUUCCAUUUGUUGCGCCUCGACAACGUGACGAAGCUGCUCCGUUUCUGAUGCCCUUCGCUUCGUGCCGUUUAGCUCGAGAGAAAAUAAUCCACACUACAUGUGCUGCCCAGCAUCUUACUGUGCUACAGACAGCUUUGCGUUAACGCUACGUUCAUUCAUGAGCAAAGCCACAACAUGAACACUACUAAAUCCCAAAGGAGUGAAAUGAACCUGAAACCUGGAGUCACUCACUUUGGACUCUUUAAAUGCAUUUAAAAGACUCACUGGGACAAAGAUGAUGGGAACUUGCAUGUGGAGCUGCAGACUGCUGUGCUUUUCAACAUGUUCUUGUUAAGAACCUGCUCUUUGGAUCCUUCUCAUGUUGAUUAUGUGAACUGGAAAAGAGUAGCAAAACAAAUGUGACGUGCAAGGUUCCGAGAUACUUCGUAAUAUUGCUAAAAAAGUGGCUAAUAGUAACUAUCGCGGUAGUUAUUGAGUUCAACUAACUAUUUGGUUACCUUUACUGUUAACUCUGUAUAGUUAGCUCUUAAAUAAGAGGUUUAAUUUAAAGGUGGUUGUAGGACGGGUAGUAAAUCAUUCCUCAUGACUGAUUUCCUUUAACAGGUUCACAGAUUGCCUGCAUUUAUAUUGUAUUUUAAAGGUGCGAAGUUACUGCUGUUGAUGCAUUUCAUACAUUCAUCUCAACACAACAGUAAUAAACAGUACAUACACUAUAUGCAUGUAGUAACCCCACCCCUUUCUGCCUUACACACUGUCAUUAACUCAUCGGUACGCAGUUUCUAAGAAAUAAACAAAACGUGAGACAAAAAAAAAAGUACAUUGAACUAUGUAGAGAAAUAUAAUAGUGAUAGAUCUUAAUCUAUUUUUCAGCUGUAAAAACUGUGUAAUAUAGAGAAUGCUUUGGAGCAGAUGUGAAUAACAUGGGCCUCUAAAAGAGCCUCUGACUAAUCGCUAGCCAUUCGUCUGUACGUCCUAAUAUGAACGUGGCUGAUUGAGGGUUUAUUUUCCUUUCUGUAUUUCUCCCUCUCUGUCACCAGAGGUCAGUGUAGACUUAUUUACAGGAGCAUAAGUUCACUCACAUUGAGAGAGACUCCUUUCUUCAUUCUCACCCUGUUCAAUGCUCUCUGUAUGUUUUGCACUUCUCUGUUGACCAGCCAGUUCAAAUAAAAUCUAAAACAUGG